AUGGAUUUUGUCGCAGAUAGGAUUGAGCAUGAUUUUAGUGAUUUGGGCAUUGCUUGGCGCGUAUGCUUUUUUUUUAAUACGGAAGGUCCCAGGGAGCUUCGACAAGCUGAAACAUUAGCGAAAAUUCAAAGAGAUCUCUCAGUAGAAUUAUCUAUAGACCUCAAACAGACUGAAGACCACCAGGAAGUGUGGUCGAAUUUGAUCCACAAAUAUUUCGAAAGACACGAAAAAGUCUUUCUUGAAGCAGUCGGAGCUGGUUUCGGAGAAGGAGGCGACGGAAAUAUUUGGACGUAUCCUGGAUGUGUUCUUUUUACCGUUUCACUUCUUACAACAUUCGGUUUCGGCGCUCCAAUACCGAGAACACCUCUAGGACGAGAAACAGCUGUAAUAUUUGCAGCAAUAAGAAUUCCUUUUCAUUUUCUGUUAAUCCUAAACAUGGAGUUUGCUUUACUUGGGCUCCUAUCGCAUAUGGUUAUACAAUCGAUAUUAAAAGAGUUAAGUAAUACUCGACUUACCCCUAUACCCUGUACUAACGGCAUAAAGCCGAAAAAGAAAACCGCUAGAGCUUUCGAAAUUAAAGAUUGA